AGGAAUAAAGACUCCUUCGAUUUAUAAAGUUAUUUUAAUUAUAUUUUAAUUUACAUUGUGCGAUAGAGUGAAAUAAAGUAGCGUCCAAAAUGAGGGAAAUAAAUAUCAAUAUAGAAGGAUACAAUGUGAACGGCAUAUGUGUCGGUUGUUUGAACUAUAAUCGUAAAAUGUUUUAUUGUAAUCAAAUAAAGGAGUGCUUUAAAUUACUGGGAGAAAUCGAUGUGCCUGAUGGUCUCCAAGUCCAAGUUUGCUGGGAGUGCCUCGCCGCUGUCCAAGCGUCGCUUCGGUUUAGGAACCUCAUUGUUGAUUCCUACAAUGUCCUCAUUGAUUACUCCCGAAAGCACACAUUCCUCAACGCUCCAACAGACCUGUCCGUCCACGCCCGGCAGAGGCUCAGUGUCACCCAGCUGGAGCUCUCCGAGCUACAGGACCUGGUGCAAAUAGAGGUGGAUGUCAGCGUAGUUAAAGAGGAAACUAAGGAAGAGCUAGUCGAAGAGUCAGAACCGGUGAAAUCCGAGACAGAUUACUUCGACACGGACUUCCCAGACGCUCCCCACCCAGAAUCCUCAGAGGAUGACGUGCAACUGUCCAAGCUGAAGAGGAAAAAGGACAGAAAGACCAAGAAGGUGAAGAAGAAGAGAGAGGAACGACAGAGGGCGCAGAAGGUGAAGAUUAAGACUGCUGGAAUAAAAAGUGAAAAGGACCAGCAACGCAGCCUCCGAAAGCUGAAGAAUCUGCCGACAGAUCUAGUGGAGUUGUACACCAUGACUGAGGAAGAAAUGUGGGAGGUGAGGGCGGAAGACGUGAGCAGCGCAGAGUUCUGCGCGCUCAAGUACAAGUGUGCGGACUGCGUGAUCGGGUUCAACUCGGAGAGGCUCAUGCAGGACCACAUGCAGGGGAAACACGUACCGAAAAGCCCGUCCUGCCACCAGUGCGACGUGUGCCUCGCGUAUUUCCUGACGCGCGACAACGUGGCGUCGCACCGCGCGCUGCACCUCACGGCGUACCGCUGCGGCGCGUGCGGCGCGCGCACCGCGCUCAAGCGGCGCGUGGCGGCGCACGCGCGCACGCACCGCGACCCGAACGUCACGUGCCACACGUGCGGGGAACAGUUCAGUACAAAAUCGAAGUUAUCCUACCACCGAGGGGUAUGCAACCAGGCGAGACCGCAGUGCGACUGCUGCGGCAAAGUGUUCGCCAACAAGAUGACCCUCAAGUACCAUCUCAAGAUCCUGCCUCAGAAUAAAGAAGAUAAACCCAAAGAGAAGCUAUACAUAACGUGCAAGGGCUGCGAUAAGGUCUUCCACUCGAAGAAGAGUUACCGAGCGCAUGUCGUGAUACACGACGGCCUAACAUACCCGUGUCCCAUUUGCGGAAAGCUGUUCCAGUGGAAACGGAACCUGGCGCGACAUACUAGAAAUCACAGAGACCGCGACGCGGGCGCCACGCACGAGUGUCGCGACUGCGGCAAAACGUUCAGCUCCCGCGACUGCUAUAAUAACCACAUGAAACUGAGCAAACGGCACGUCCAAGAGGACGCUUAUGUACACGAGUGCUCCUAUUGCGGCAAAAAAUUCGCAACAAAGUGGUGCAUGGUCGACCACAUAGACUGGGACCAUCUCAAGCGGAUCAAGUACCAGUGUAGCGUCUGCUUCAAAGCAUUCAAAACGGCGAAGAUAAUGGUGGCACACAUGAACAAUAUACACGAGGGAAAGAAAAACCGCGAGCCGGAUGGCGAACAUCUGUGCGAGAUCUGUGGCAAGUCUUACAAGACGGUGAAGCGACUGAAAGGCCACGUGUGGGCGAUGCAUACAAACCGCUCAACGACAAAAAGCUUCAAAUGCAAGCUCUGCCCCGCGACCUUCACCUGGCAGACCUCCAUCUACAAGCACGUCAAGAUGAUGCACGACAAACGACCCAAGCAAAUCCGUCCCCUGCCGGCCAAGAAACUAGAGUUUCCCGGCGCCGAGCUCAUCGCCCGCGAGUACUUCCAGCAACCCAGCGGCCUCGCGCACAUACCCCUACACAACAUAGUCCAGAACAUAGUAUAGGACGUCCUAUAGGCCACGCUACACUAGUCCUAUAGCGAGUACUUCCAGCAACCCGCCAGCCUCGCGCACAUACCCCUACACAACAUAGUCCAGAACAUAGUAUAGGACGUCCUAUAGGCCACGCUACACUAGUCCUAUAGCGAGUACUUCCAGCAACCCGCCAGCCUCGCGCACAUACCCCUACACAACAUAGUCCAGAACAUAGUAUAGAACGUCCUAUAUGACACGCUACACUAGUCCUAUAGCGAGUACUUCCAGCAACCCGCCCGCCUCGCGCACAUGCCCCUACACAACAUAGUCCAGAACAUCGUGUAGAACGUCCUAUAGGACACGCUACACUAGUCCUAUAGCGAGUACUUUCAGCAACCCGCCGGCCUGGCGCACAUACCCCUACACAACAUAGUCCAGAACAUCGUAUAGCACGUCGUAUAGGACACGCUACACUAGUCCUAUAGCGAGUACUUCCAGCAACCCGCCAGCCUCGCACACAUACCCCUACACAACAUAGUCCAGAACAUCGUAUAGCACGUCGUAUAGGACACGCUACACUAGUCCUAUAGCGAGUACUUCCAGCAACCCGCCAGCCUCGCACACAUACCCCUACACAACAUAGUCCAGAACAUCGUAUAGAACGUCGUAUAGGACACGCUACACUAGUCCUAUAGCGAGUACUUCCAGCAACCCGCCAGCCUCGCACACAUACCCCUACACAACAUAGUCCAGAACAUCGUAUAGAACGUCGUAUAGGACACGCUACACUAGUCCUAUAGCGAGUACUUCCAGCAACCCGCCAGCCUCGCACACAUACCCCUACACAACAUAGUCCAGAACAUCGUAUAGAACGUCGUAUAGGACACGCUACACUAGUCCUAUAGCGAGUACUUCCAGCAACCCGGGCCUCGCACACAUACCCCUACACAACAUAGUC